AUGUCACAGAAAGUAAAGAAGCCUAUGACACCUAAUCUGAAGAAUGACAACGGGAAAAUGAAACAACUGUCCUUGAUGUCAUUCUUUAAGCCAGUGAAAAAGAUCCCUCCCCCAACCCCAAUUGAUUCAUCACCAGUACAUGGUUUGGUGUCAGAAAAAUCCAAUGUUAAUAUCAAAGAUAACCUGCACGAUGAAAGUGAUAAGGAGAAUGAUAGUAGUAUGAUGGAUACAAGCUUAACGGAUACUCCUAUGACAUCAGAAUUCGAUCAUCAAGAAUUAGCUCCUCAAUCAUCACCAAUCUCCAAAAAGGUUGAAAGAAGGAAGCAACAUAGUUCUUCACCUGUUCCGAAAGAAGAAAAGAAGGAAACCAAUUCUGGUCGUAAAGUCAAAAGUAUCAGUUAUACUGAAGACGACGAUGAGGAAGAUGAUAUUAUUCCCAAGAAAAGAAGAAGAAUCAUAGAAAGUGAUGACGAAGAUGAAGAUGAUUUCAAACCUGAUGCUGCCGAUGAUGACGACGAAGAUGACAUGAGUGACUUUAUCGUUGAUGAUGAAGAUGAAAAGUCUGCCAGUGAAGUUGAGGUUGAAGAAGAAGAUGACGAUGUAGUUAUCAAGCCUAAAAGUAAAAAAUCUAAAGCUAGUCCUCAACCAAAAUCUAAAGCCCCAGUAGCAAAACCAUCAGUUAAAUCAGAUUUUGCAUCCAAAUUCACAGCUAAUUCUUCAUUCACCCCAACUAAAGCACCAAGUAAACCUUCUGUUUCUCCACUUAUCACCAAAAAACCUUCUAGUUUUACUAAAGAAAACGAGGAAAGGUAUCAAUGGUUAGUUAAUAUCAAAGACGGCGAACAAAGAACAAUUGACGAUCCAGAGUAUGAUCCUAGAACUUUGUAUGUACCACAACUGGCAUGGGCUAAGUUCACCCCUUUUGAAAAACAAUAUUGGGAAAUCAAAUCCUUGAUGUGGGAUACAGUGGUUUUCUUUAAGAAAGGAAAAUUUUACGAGUUGUAUGAAAAUGAUGCCAUUAUAGCAAAUACCAAGUUCGAUUUAAAGAUAGCUGGAGGUGGUAGAGCGAAUAUGAAAUUAGCUGGUAUACCAGAAAUGUCAUUUGACUAUUGGGCAAGAGAAUUCAUCAAUAGUGGUUAUAAAGUUGCCAAAGUAGAUCAAAAGGAAAGUUUGUUAGCCAAAGAAAUAAGAGGUAAAAACGGACAAAUUAACUCCAAGGAAGAAAAAGUUAUUAAGAGAGAAUUGACUUGUGUUUUGACCGGUGGAACAUUAACUGAUUUGAACAUGAUCAGUGAUGACAUGGCAGUAUAUUGUUUAAGUAUCAAAGAAUUCCAAUUAAACGAAGAUUCCAAGACUUUCGGGGUAGUAUUUGUUGAUACCUCAACUUCUGAAUUACAAUAUAUCGAGUUCACCGAUGACAAUGAAUGUUCAAAGUUAGACACUUUGAUAACUCAAGUCAAACCCAAAGAAAUAUUGGUAGAGAAAAACAAUUUAUGUCCCAUUGCAACCAAGAUCUUAAAGUUCAACAAUUCCAAUCAAAUUUGGAACAACUUGAAUAGUGAAAAAGAAUUUUGGGAUAAUGACACAACUUUGAAAUAUUUGAAUUCAUGCAAUUAUCUUGAAGAAAUCCCCGAAGUCUUGAAGACAAUGGAGAGAGAUAAUAAGGUGGCAUUCAAUGCUUUUGGAGGUUUAUUAUUUUAUUUGAAAACUUUGAAGUUAGAUCAAAGUAUUUUAACUUUACAAAAAUUCAAACAUUAUGAAAUCAAUAAAAAUCAAUCCAAACAUUUGAUUUUAGAUGGUAUUACCUUACAUAAUCUUGAAAUUUUAAACAACAAUUAUGACGGAAGUGAUAAAGGAACGUUAUUGAAAUUAAUAAACAGAGCCAUUACACCUAUGGGUAAGAGAACAUUGAAAAGUUGGGUGUUACAUCCCUUAUUGAAUUCUGACUUAAUCAAUGAAAGAUUUGAUUCCGUUGAUUACUUGAUGAAUGAAGGGUUGGAAGUAAGAUCAAUCAUUGAAACAAAAUUAACUGGAUUGCCAGACUUGGAAAGAUUAUUAUCAAGAAUCCAUAGUGGAAAUUUAAAAUUCAAAGAUUUCUUAAAAGUAAUUGAAAGUUUCGAAAAUAUUCAUGGGUUGGUCAAUGAAUUGAAAAAUUUCAUUGAUGGUAAAACUGGUUCACUUUUCAAGUUUAUCAACAAGUUCCCUGAUUUUGAAAGUGAAAUCAAUGAAUGGGAAAAUUCAUUUGAUAGAGAACAAGCAUUAAAGGAUAUCAUAUCUCCAACUAAAGGAUUUGAUCUGGAAUUUGACGCAUCGAUGAAAUUAAUGAACAGCUACGAAGAAGAAUUAAAUGAACAUUUGAGUCAAUAUCAACAACAAUUCAAAUCAAGAGAUAUUUGUUACAAAGAUUCAGGGAAAGAAAUUUACUUAAUAGAAGUACCAGCUAAAAUCAAGAGUAUACCAAAAGACUGGCAAACUAUGGGAGCCACAUCAAAAGUUAAAAGAUAUUGGUCUCCUGAAGUUAAGAUCAUUGUCAGAAAAUUAUUAGAACAAAGAGAAUUACAUAAAGAUAUUUGUGAAAAUUUGAAAUUGAAAUUUUUCAAGAAAUUUGAUGAUAACUAUUCAAUUUGGGUUAGAACCAUUGAAAUUUUAAGUAAGAUUGAUUGUUUAUUAGCAUUAACCAGAACUUCUGAAACUGUUGGAUUCCCAUCAUGUAGACCAAAAUUUGUUGAAUCAUCUAAUGGAUUCAUUGAUUUCAAAGAAUUAAGAAAUCCAAUUUAUUCAGGUCAAAAAGAAUUUAUCCCUAAUGAUAUUCAAUUGGGAGGAGAACAAGCAAGAUUUGGAUUAUUAACAGGAGCCAAUGCUGCAGGUAAAUCAACAAUUAUGAGAACAACUGCGUUGGCUGUUAUUUUAUCACAGAUUGGUUGUUACGUACCAGCAACAGAAGCAACUUUGACUCCUAUUGAUAGAAUCAUGACUAGGUUAGGUGCUAAUGAUAAUAUUUUACAAGGUAAAUCAACAUUUUUUGUUGAAUUAUCCGAAACUAAAAAGAUUUUAAAUAAUGCUACACCAAAAUCUUUAGUUAUUUUGGAUGAAUUAGGAAGAGGGGGUUCAUCCAGUGAUGGAUAUGCCAUUGCAGAAGCUGUUUUAUAUCAAUUAUCAACUCAUAUCAAUCCUUUAGGAUUUUUCGCUACACAUUUCAAUUCAUUAUGUUUAUCAUUUGAAAAACAUCCCCAAAUAAAACCUUUAAGGAUGGGAAUUUUAGUUGAUUCAACAUCAAGAAAUAUUACGUUCUUAUAUAAAUUGGAAAAUGGUGUAGCUUCAGGAUCUUUUGGUAUGAACGUAGCUUCAAUGUGUGGAAUUUCUAAUGAGAUUAUUGAAAAUGCUGAAUUAGCAGCAAAAAAUUACGAAAGAACUUCAAAUUUAAAGAAAUUAAGAGAAUUCAAUAAAUUAAGUUUGGGUUUACAAAGUGAUAUUUCAUGGUUAAUCAACUAUGAUAAAAACAAUGAGAAAUUUGAAGAUUUUAUGAAAUUUGAUAAACAAUUAUGUUUAACAAAUAUUUUCAAUAUGAUUGAAUAG